AUGUCUUUUGUCCGCGCGCUCGUCGCUGCUGGGCCCUCAGCGCGGGUAGCCGCUCGUAUGGUGGCCCCGCGUCCGUCUGCUCUGCUGGCCCACCGUCUGCUGUCUACAACUGCCCGACGCCUCGCUCAGGAUCCGUUGCUUAAAGAUGGUCAUGUCCACGACCAUCUGCACGACGCUGCUUCUCCUCGCUCUCCCGGCAUCAAGACGUCUAUGUACUCUGCUGCGGAUGAGCCGGGCAAGGAUUUCGACCCGUACAAGGACGGGCCCGGUGCUAUCGACAAGGCGGUCCACCUCUUUUUCUUUACGGAGAUACUGCGAGGCAUGUGGCUCGUGCUAGAGCAAUUCUUCAGGCCACCAUAUACGAUCAUGUAUCCGUUCGAGAAGGGUCCCCUAUCGCCACGCUUCCGCGGAGAGCAUGCUCUGCGAAGGUACCCCAGUGGCGAAGAACGCUGCAUUGCGUGCAAGCUCUGCGAGGCUAUCUGUCCCGCACAAGCCAUCACCAUCGAGAGCGAAGCCCGCCUGGAUGGCUCGAGACGGACCACGCGAUACGAUAUCGAUAUGACCAAAUUUUCUGGCGCUGAUGACAUUUCGGGAUCAUCAUCAAAUUGUGCAUUGCACGGAACGACUACGCUACAUUGUCCGGUGGGGUUCUCCCGCGCAGCGCAAAACCAAGAGUUCUCUACGGAGACGCGUGAGGAGCUGCUGUACAACAAGGAAAAGCUGCUGGCGAACGGGGACAGGGCCGAAGCCGAGAUUGCGGCGAACCUUCACGGUGCGUUCUUUCCCAUCGCGUCCAUCGCCCAGGAUGGGUGGGGCUGA